GCUGUUGCAAUAAUUGGCGGUUUACUAUUUAUCCGAAGUCUUCAGAUUGCUGUAGAUUUUAGAAAUUAUACUCUUAAUGCAUUGGAUUAUAUUACUUUAGUUAUAUUUUCUCUGAUGAUUCUAGUAUCAGGCUUUGGACUUACUGUCGUCUGUUCCGCGGAAUCUGCACGACUCUUGAAAGUCUUUUCAUGGCUUUUUAAUCUUAUAGUAUUACUUCAAUAUGUGUAUGCCGUUUUUAUUACCAUUGAAAUUUCUUCAAGUGCCUAUUCGAAAUAUUUUUGGCACACUAUAAUUUUUAGUUUUAUCGAUGCAUUUAUUGCGACUUAUUUUGCUAAAGUUAUUUCUGAUUACGCUUCAUCCACUAAAGACGUUCAAGAUGAUACUCCAACACCUGGAAGAAUGGAAGUUUCUAAUGUAACAAAUAGUCAU